UUAUUCCACUAGAGGGCGGUAUUUCACUUCACCGCCAGUGCUGCGAAAAGUGUGCAUGUGGUCGAUUGGACAGUCAUUUUUCUGACAUAUUUGGCUAAAUAAUUGCCUCAAAAUUAACGAUGAGUAGAGUAAGGUAUGAAGUAGACUACGGAGAUGAUGAUGGGGAUUAUUACCAGGAUGAUAGUCAUGGCUACGGAAUGCACACAGGUGAUCCGCAGCGUGACUUGGCCUAUGAGAGGCAACUUCCCAACACGGUCAGCUCCUACAUUCUGCCUGACGAGAUCAAGAAUUUCCUGAUGUUCUUCCAGCGGAGCAUCAAGGAGAACCAACUCUACGACAUCAGCCAGUGCUAUGAGAGAGAUUUCAACAAGCUGACUGAGAGGUUCUUCAAGAAUUCUUCCUGGCCGGAUGCAGAGAGCAUUCAGACGGUGGUCGGACAUGAUCCUGUGUUCAACAUCUUGUACAAGGAGCUGUACUAUCGUCACAUCUAUGCCAGAGUCACAUCGGGUCCAUCGCAGGAGCAGCGUUUUGAGUCUUACUACAACUAUUGCAACCUCUUCAACUUUAUCCUGAAUGCGGAUGGACCUGUGAGAUUGGAGUUGCCAGAUCAGUGGUUGUGGGACGUUAUUGAUGAGUUUAUUUACCAGUUCCAAGAAUUCAGCAAGUAUCGUAGCAAGCUGUCGGGAAAGGCGGACGAUGAAAUCACCAUCCUCAAGCAAAACCCAAAGAUCUGGAAUGUGCAUAGCGUGCUGAACGUUCUGCAUUCCCUGGUGGACAAGUCCAACAUCAACAAGCAACUAGAGGUCUACGCCAGCGCAGGCGAUCCAGACAGUGUCGCGGGAGACUUUGGUCGUCAUCCGUUAUACAAGAUGCUUGGCUACUUCAGUCUGAUCGGCCUGCUACGACUUCACUCUCUGCUGGGUGACUACUACCAAGCGAUCAAAGUCCUGGAAAACAUCGAACUCAACAAGCAAACUCUCUACUCGAGGGUGACAGCCUGUCAGGUCACCACCUAUUACUAUGUGGGCUUUGCCUACCUCAUGAUGCGGAGGUAUCAGGACGCCAUACGUAGCUUCACUAACAUCUUGCUGUACAUCCAGCGCACCAGCCGCAUGAUGCCACCGGGCUCCUACCAAGUGGAUUUGAUUAAGAAGAUCAACGAGCAGAUCUACACGUUGCUGGGGAUCGCGCUGACCCUUCAUCCCAUGCGCAUUGAUGAGAGCGUCCAUAUGCAACUGAAGGAGAAGAUGGGAGAUAAAUUGGCCAAGAUGCAGCGAGGUGAGAUGCAAGCCUUUGAGGAUGCCUUCAGUUUCUCCUGUCCUCGUUUCUUGUCUCCGGUGCCUCCCAACUACGAGGUCCUUCAGGGCAACUUCCAUCGCGAGCCUUUCUCACUUCAGAUGAAAGUCUUUCGUGAGGAGAUCCAGCAGCAGUUGGCUAUACCCACCAUCCGGAGUUUCUUGAAGCUCUACACCACUAUGCCAAUCUCCAAGCUGGCUGUGUUUCUGGAAAUGUCAGAGGAAGACUUCAGAACUCACCUGCUGUGCUUCAAGCAUAAGAUGAAGAACCUGGUGUGGACCAAGGGCACCAGUGGUUUGGCUGGGGAGUUUCAGUCUGCAUCCGAGGUUGACUUCUACAUCGAUCAGGACAUGAUUCACAUUGCAGACACCAAGGUGGCUCGUCGCUAUGGCGAUUUCUUCAUCCGCCAGAUCCAUAAAUUUGACGAGUUUAACCGCUCUAUGAAGAAGCCCAUUGGACCCCUAUAAUGCCGUAUGAAAGCUUGAUCAACAAAUUGACAUUGUUUAAAUGUCAUAGUUUCCCCACUCCUCCAAACAUUUUUAACUAAUCGAACACUGAAGUAUAUUUCAUUUCAACAAAAUUAUGUCAACUUUUACUAAUAUGGCUUUCUGUUCUCGAUGUCCAGAGGUUUAAAGAGAAUUGUGAAAGUUUUGUUUUUAAAUAUUCAAAAUUCAAAAUGUGUAUCAUGGAAAAGCCUUCACAGAAAUUCAUACAAUUUUAACAUUUUGAGCAAAUUUUUUGCAGUUUGCUUUGACAUCUCGCUACACAUUUUUUCACACUUUACACAUCAAAUUUAUCCAUAAAAUAGGGCUCAACUUGUGUACUUUAUUUUAUGGUAUGUCAAUACAGUUUAAAGGUGGAGUAGAUCGUUUGCAGCUAUCCAAAAAGUAACUGACCAAAUUAUUAUCAAAAACCUUGCUUGGUUUAAAGACAGUAAUGGCACUGAACUCCCCAUGAAAUUAUUUUCUGGCAUAAUUAAUGUCCUUUUGAAGAAAACAAUAAAAGAAGGUCAUUUCCAAAGAUGAGUCAAGUGACGCAUUUUUGGAAAUUUCCGUUAGUAGUUGGUUUGUAAUUGGGCAAAUCCUUGAAUGGGUGUGCGCAAGCAUUGACACGUUGACACGGUUGCUAUUGUUUGUUGGUUCAGUCUUUGGCUGAAUGAGAACGUGUUUUGUUCCGGAUACAGAUUUCUGGCGCAAUUCAAAAUACAACUCUGCAAUUUUUGAAUUGAAAUCAAAAUCCUGAAAUUGUUUUCUCAGAAUACACAGUAUUCACAGAGCUAAAAGUUAUCAGGUUAGGCACCCGUCUUUAGAUUUUGAGAACUUUUGUCGUUGCAAACAAAACAAAUGACAAAUGAUCUUCCCUACCUUUAACCAAGGAAAAGUUAAUUUGUGAAUGAAGAAUUGAAUCUAAUUCUUUGCUCCCUCCCCACACGUUUACCAACAGUCAUGCUGAUAUAUACAGGGUUAGAUUUGAUGCAGUUUAAGUCUUGUUUUCUCUGCAUCAUCAACAAAAAGCAGACAGUCGUUUUGUGCUUAUUAGCUUAGGCGCCAUCAUGGAUGAAUAAAAUGUAUUGAGUGUGAUAACAUGUA